AAGUGUGCCCAAGACGAUAAGGAGAAAAAAAUACAGAAAGACUCCAUACAAUUCUGAAAACAAGAAAGAUUGCACGACAACCAUACACCUUGAAAAAAGAAAAGAAGGAAAUGUAGAUUAUUGUAAAGAUUCUUCUGAACGUCUCUACAAAGAAAUUUUGGGAGUUUUCAAAAGAAGCAGAAUACCGGAACAUAAGAAACCAGAUGUCAGAGUAAUUUUUCCGCAUAAAGUAGGUGACGAGGUUUCAAAUGAACUUUACAAAAUUGAUUCUUCCGUAAAAAGUUGUGGAUAUCGAUAUGGUACUCUUCAGGUCUUUGUCGAUGAUGUGGACAAUGAAGAAAUUAAAAACUCGAUAGCAAGCGUAUUGGCAAAAAAUGGAAUUAACGGCUUUGAAAUUGUUCCUGCUAUUAGUACAUAUAAGUCGUUUAUUGGAGUUGGUGCCAAAGCAUGCCCGGAUGACUCUACAUAUGGGUCUUUAGGAGGUUAUGCGAAAAGAAACUCAAGUCACAUGUGUGCCUUAGUUUCAAGGCACGUUGCUAUCCACUCAAAAGACAUGCAUGUAUCUCUGUUAGAUCAGAAUUCCUCUAUUCGAUCAAAACUUAUCCAAGAAACAGUUGCCAAUAAAUGUAUUAAAAAUACUGACACUGUUGUACCGAUUUUGGAUAUUUCAGCUGGCGAAAUAAAUCCAGCGGAUAUUUCCAUGUGUGAUACAAGAUUUAAGUCGGAAUGUGGGAAUCCUUCAACUCGAAAAGAUUGCACAUAUGAAGACAAGCAACUUGAUAAUAGACGCAUUCAUCUUUGGGGUGCUGUAUCUAAACCAGGCUUAGGGAUUAUAACUAUUCCUGAAGUUCGCGAUAGGAACCAUGAUAAGACGUACAUCAUAGUCGAAAACAGGGCUAAUGCAACAGCUGUUCUGUGUAGGGAAGGUGAUAGUGGUGCAAUGGUAUGUGCUGACGAUGAUUAUGGAUCAGGAGUGGAAGCAAUAUCAAUGCUAAUUGGUAAAGAUACAACCAAUCCAGGGAAAUAUGCGACGUUCAGAAUAGAUAAAGGGUUACAACAGCUUGAGAAACAAACGGACUCCUCCUUUAGUUUAUGCCAAGACUGAACAUUUGCUUUGAAAACAUGUUUUUGAAACAUGUUAAAUAAACAAUCAUUCUUAAUCAAUUACAUUUCAUUAAAACUAAAGCUCGAUUUUGUGGUGAAGAUGCAAAUACUCAUAUACGAAACAUGAGUUUGUACCCUAAAAUGCAAGAGGGAUUAGUACAUUAUUCAUUCGUCUAUAUAUUCUCCAAGAUGUACCUCAUAGAAAAAAGGAUUUAUCCAUGUGUUUACAAAGUUAUUAUAUUCUGCAUAGACAUUGACUGAAAUGUGAAUAGACUAAUGUUGUAUAGUUCUAUAUAUAUACGAAAACUCACAAUAAUGGUUUUGUUAAUGUAUAAGUUAGUUUGAAGCAGGUUUAAUUUAAAGAUCCUGGAACACAUUUUUGUAUGUUUAUAUCAUAUGUUUCUCAAAUUAAGAUUUAUAAAUGAGCCGCGUCACGACAAAACCAAUAUAGUGCGUUUGCGACCAGCAUGGAUCAAGACCAGCCUGCGCAUCCGCGCAGUCUGAUCAGGAUCCAUGCUGUUCGCUGUCAGUUUCUCCUUUGUAAUAGAGUUGGUAAGCGAACAGCAUGGAUAAUGAUCAGACUGCGCGGAUCUGGAUCCAUGCUGGUCGCAAGCCCAUUAUGUUGGUUUUGUCGUGACACGGCUCGAAUAUUGUUAUUUCCAAAAAGCAUUAUUUAUAAAGAUAUUACCGAAUAUAACAUUUCAUGUAAAUAAAUGGAGGUAAGAAGAAAUUUAUUUUUUAUAAAAUCUAAGUCAAAUUAGAAAUGAAUGCAUAUUUUUUGUAAUGAUUUCAUUUAAUGAUUACAAAUAUUUGCAAUACAUAUUUUACAUAUUCUAAGAUGUUUGAAAAUUGUUUUAUUAGCAUAAUUAUAUACAUAUUACAUUGGUCGGGCGACCUGGGUUCGAUUACCGGUCGGCGCAGGUCACUUUCGUUGUGAUGCAUCAUAGGUUCGGAACCUACGCUCUGACAUGUUAUAAUGAGGUUGCUGUUAUUGUGUUUCUUCCUAUUUUAUUCACUUUGUCUUUUGUUUGAAUAUAUUUUGUUCUUUUUAAUUUCUAUUUCUUUUCCUUCCUUUUUUGUUACUUUUUAUUUCUUUUUAAAAAUCGACUUAUUUUAACACACCGCGAUUACGAAAAAUAAUAAUAAUUUUAAUAUACAUGGAUCAAUAUAAACACACUUAAUUUCAUUGUAUUAUUUACAUUUUUAAUAAUGCGCUUUCUUGACGUUUGACAUUAUCCUCAAACUAUUGACACAAGUACAUGCCAACAUUUGUAAAAUAAUCUUCUAUCCCACACAUUCGAAACUAUUUGGAAAUAAGAAAUAUAUAUAUAUAAAAACUCUGAGAUGUCAUCAUACCUAUGAUUCGAACAUGUAAAUGCAUGAAUACAACACUGACAUGGACGCUCUGCAUACUGCGCUAACAAGUCACAGGAAAUGCCUCGUUUAAAUUUGUGUUUUAUUCAUUAGGCUUCAAUCUGCCUAACCUAUUUUUCGCAUUGUUAUAAAUCAUUGUUAUGUAAACAAAGGCUCAAGUUAUCAUCCUGGGACGGUAUAUCGUAUGUAACGACGGAAAUAUUGAAAUCAACUAAAUUAAAUAUUUUUUCGAAAUAGCAUAAAAAUAUUUUUUUAGGUAGAGACCACUUUUAUGGU